AUGAAGUUUUUGGCAUUUGGUGCAGCUGCUUUACUGGGCGCGGCGCUUCAGUCCUACACCGCAACACCGACUCGUGUGGCGCAGUGUGCAAAAGAAAGCGCGUUUGAGACAAAAUUUAGGCCAUAUGUACUCGGUGAGGUCAUCAACCUCGCGGAGGACGUCGCCAUCUUUCGCUUCCUCCUACCAAAGCCAGACAUGGAGUUUGAUCUUGUGCCCUGCAGUACGCUUCAGGCCUGCCAUAAACAAGGCGCUAAUAUUGUAGACCAGCCGAUGCGUUUCUACACUCCCAUUACCCGUAAUGGAACCAAGGGCUACUUUGACUUAUUGGUCAGAAAACAGAUGCAUGGUCGCUUUACCGAAUUUCUUUUUUCAAUGAAUGUCGGCGACAACCUCCUCUUCCGCGUUGUGCAGUACAAGCUAAGAUACAAGAAGAAUGCAUGGGAAAAAGUUGGGAUGAUUGGUGGGGGUACAGGCAUAUGCCCACUGCUACAGUUUUUGAACGCCUCACUGGAUACUCCUGGUGACACAACACAACUCUCAUUGUUGUUUGCCAAUAGGUCUGAGAACAGAAUACUGCUCAAGGGCCUGCUUGACAAGUUGGCUCGGGAAAACUCUCACCGCCUCAAGGUGCACUAUACUGUUGAUGCACUGCAAGACAGUGAUGCUGCAUACACAGGUUACAUUGGACACAUCACAGAAGAAAUGUUGCGGCAGACGAUGCCGGAGCCGUCAUUGAAGAAUCUUCUGCUUGUGUGCGGCCCCGAUGGAAUGAUGGCUAAACUUGCAGGUUUGCCACCGGCAGUGCUAAAAGCCAUGAGUGGUGGGCUGGCGUACCAGCCGACAGGGACAGUGCUGAGCAACCUGGCAGAUGUGGAGGGCAUCCUCGGUAGGAUGGGUUACACAAAAGACAUGGUGUACCGCUUCUAG